UAAACUAUUCAUGAGUGCUUCGAUGGAUUUAGUUGAAUAGUUGCAUAGUUGCAUAUUUUUUAUGUUUGUAUAUGCGUUCUGAUUGGUUAAAACGGCACAAUACAUCCAUAUUUUCGAUGGUUGUAUAGUAACCAAACGGCAAUUCAUAUUUGUCUUCUAUCGAUGCUUCUGUGAUUGUUGAUAUUUGACUCGUUUGGCGAUUCGAAUAAAAGUUCGUUAGAUGUGCCGAUCGAGAUGGAGAAUACAAAGCCACUUUCAGGAGCAGAUCCAGGUGCUGAAAUGUCUGAAAACAAGUUCAAAGAUGACACUGCUAGGUCGUCUGAAAACAGCAAGACUUUAGGUGUGGCCUAUACUUGCAGCAGUUGGACUAAGCGCAAGCUGAGCCGAAAAGAGAUCAUUGGAGAUUUCUUAAAACGUUCUGAUGAAGAAUCAGCAAAGUUUGUAGCAGAGCUAGGCCCUUCCCAAGCACAGCUUAACGUGGAAUACGGAAGCGAAGAAAGAGAAAAAGUAGACAUAUUUUCACCCGUAGCAGCUGAUAAAGAUGCACCUGUGUUUAUGUUUAUUCAUGGAGGCUACUGGCAGAUAAAGGAAAUGUGUAAGGAUAAUAGCUCUUUAAUGGGAGGUCCUCUCAUCAAGAAUGGUGCUGUGUUGGUCACGGUUGGACAUACCUUAGCGCCUGAGCGUACUCUACAUGAAAUUGUGGAACAGGUUAAAAAGGCUGUGGUUUUUGUGGCCAAAAGAUUUCCAGAAACUAGAGGGAUUUUCAUAUCCGGUCACUCGGCUGGUGGUCAUCUGUCGGCCAUGAUGCUGUCCGUAGACUGGUCAAGCCUUCUUGAGGGAAGCAAGAACCUUGUCAAAGGUAUCCUUCCUAUUUCUGCUGUAUUUGAUGUUCGACCUCUUACAAAAACUUACAUCAACGAGCCAUUGCUUCUUACAGAGUCAAGUGCGUCUUCUGUGAGCCCUCUUCUCCUUGUGGAUGCUAUCCCUACAUGCAAUCUAGGGGUCAAAGUUCACAUCCUGGUAGCCGAGUAUGAUCCACCUGUACAUCAAACACAAGCACAAGAUUACAGCAAGCUUCUAGCAGCUAGUGGUCUAGAUGUUGAAAUGAUGACGUUACCCGGUAGAGAUCAUUUUGAGGAGAUCAUGGAGUUACCUGAUGAAAACUGCCCAUUUCAAAAGGUCUUCCUUCGAGCGAUGGGUUUGACAUCUUGAUGGCCAUCCUUCAAGACAAUAGUAAAGUGAACAUCUGUGGUAAUAUUUGGCUGAGUUCUGCAUGGUUAAGGACCAAACUUUGAUGCCACAAUAAUGCACAGGCCUCUGUAUAAUUUUGUAUAAUCCACCUGUAUAUACUGGCCAU